GCUGGCCUUUGCAGCCAGAGAGCUGAAGGGCUUGCUAGCAAUGGGAGGGAUAAACUGCGAGGUGUUUGGUGUGUCAGACAACUUGGAUGCAAGAAGGAGGAAAUGACUCAGAGACUGAAAAUGAUGAGUUUCUUAAUGCUUGUUAAGGGAGAGGGGCAAGAAGAACGUGUUAUUCUCGGUACAAUUUACAGUAAAAGCAUUUAAAUGUCUCUGCUUAGUAGGUGCAGCGCAUGAUGCGGGGCCAUUUUAGGGACGAGCCACGGCUGACCCUGCAAGCCGAACUGCCUCUGCGGAUAGGUGCGGGCGGGGGGUUACCUCCCGCCGGCCCGGUCCCUGGCUGGGGCGCCGCCGGUGCUUUCCCGAGGCGGGAGGUGUGCGUGCCCGCCAGGAGGAGCCAGGCGGGGCGGCCCGCAGCCCCUCGCCGCUUUCCCCAGCCACGGCGGCGUGCGCGCCGCCCUCGCCCGCUGAUGCAAUCGGAGCCCGCAAGCGGUGGCAGCAGCAGCAGGAGCCGCGGCAGCAGCAGCAGCAGCCUCGGCGGCGCCCGCAGGCGGAUCGGCCGGCCCUGAGCCCGCGCAGCGCGCCGCCGCCUUAGCCGCACCCGGCGGCUCGGCGAUCCGCAGGGUUCCAGCACCAGCGCUUCCCGAAACGAGCGGCGGCCCGCCGAGAGCCCGCUCCGCCGCGGCAGGGAAAUACCCCGUUUGCCAGCAUGAUGAAGGGCUGUCAGAAUGAGUGCACGGCUGGAGGAUGUUCAGGAGAAACAGCAAAGCAUGUGACUGAAUCUUUCAAGGCUUCAGACUUGAUUAUCACCCCAGCUACGACUUUCAAGGAAAAACCAGACCCCAGUGGUCUGGUAUUUGGAACUGUGUUCACUGAUAAUAUGCUGAUAAUUGAAUGGUCCUUGGCUUCAGGGUGGGAGAAACCUUAUAUUAAGCCACUUGAGAACCUUUCAUUGCAUCCAGCUUCCUCGGCUCUGCAUUAUGCUAUAGAAUUGUUUGAAGGAAUGAAGGCUUACCGAGGAGUGGAUGGCAAAAUCCGCCUGUUCCGGCCAACCCUCAACAUGGACAGGAUGGCGCGAUCAGCAAGACGAGCAACUCUGCCAUGUUUUGACCAGAAUGAGCUGUUAGAGUGCAUCCGGAAGCUUGUGGAAGUGGAAAAGGAGUGGGUCCCAUACUCUACUGCUGCCAGCCUGUAUAUCCGUCCUACCUUAAUUGGAACUGAGCCUUCUCUUGGAGUGAAGAAGCCGACUAAAGCCCUACUGUAUGUCAUACUGAGCCCUGUGGGCCCUUACUUUGCAAGUGGAAGCUUUAAUCCAAUAUCCUUAUGGGCAGAUCCAAAAUAUGUAAGAGCCUGGAAAGGAGGAACAGGGGACUGCAAACUGGGAGGGAAUUAUGGUUCUUCUAUUUAUGCCCAGCAAGAAGCCCUGGAGUUAGGUUGCCAGCAGGUUCUGUGGCUCUAUGGAGAAGAUCACCAGAUAACUGAAGUUGGAACAAUGAAUCUGUUUCUCUACUGGAUAAAUGAAGAUGGAGAGAAUGAACUGGCAACCCCACCUUUAGAUGGCAUCAUCCUUCCAGGAGUGACAAGACAAAGCAUUUUGGAUCUGGCACGCAACUGGGGAGAAUUUAAAGUGUCUGAGCGAUACAUCACCAUGAGUGACCUGACAGCUGCCUUGGAAGAGGACAGAGUAAAGGAGAUGUUUGGUGCUGGAACAGCUUGUAUUGUAUGUCCUAUCUCUAAAAUCUUAUAUAAGGGCAAGCAUUGGCACAUUCCAACUAUGGAGAAUGGACCUCAGUUAACAACCCGUUUCCUGAAUAAGCUGAGUGAUAUCCAGUAUGGAAGAGAAGACAGCGAUUGGGCAGUGCUGGUGUCGUGAAGGUGGAAGAGUUCAGACCCUCCAGACAGCACAGACUUGAAUAAUGACAACUUCUGUAGCUGCCUGUGCGUAGCAUAGUUUCUGUAUCAAUUUGCUCCCCAGGAUGAUUGUUUCCACAAUCCUGCGAAUGUGAACACAAUCAUUUUGAUUUCUACUGUGAUCCUGUUGGUAGAAGCCUGUCUUCUUGGUAGAGGUGCUAAAUGUUAGCAAUAGAACUUUCCUAAUGGUUUUCUUAGUGCCUCCUUGUGUCUUAUGUACAGCCUGAAAUCUUGUAAAAUGCUCUUCAACUGCUCUUCAGUUUGUUUGGUUUGUUUUAACUGCCAUCACCAGCAGAGCACGUUGUCAUAUAACACAAAGACAUUGCCUGUUAGUUGGCCACAGAGUUCUAUUGACAUUAUUCUGCUUUUUGCUCUGUGUUUGGGAAACAAUUAAAUUUAGUCACACGCUCUUUCCUUUCAUACUCUGCUUGUAUGGGAGAUUCCUGAGUCUGCACAGCCUUCUAGAUCCCCUCAUGCUCUGUCAAGUAACAGCUCUGCCCUUUAGGCCAAAAUUCUCUGAAUUGAUCUAGUCUGCAACAUGCUCCCUGUUGGCCUAUUGCCUUUCCCUCCAUGGGGAUAUGCAGCGGCUGCUUGGGCAGUGCAUACCUCUCUAAUAGUUGAAUACAUCCUUCCAUACAUGAGUUGCAGGGCUGGGUCAGGCCCUGCUGACACAAGAAUUACCCUUUGGCCUAGCACAGAACUGGGCGCUGUGUACACAGUGUUGCCUUCCAGGCGAAUGUCUAGAAAAUAAGAUUAGACAACUGUGGCUGUGAAAGUUGAACCACUCUUCACAGCAACCAAACCUUUGGAUUGAAGAAUUUCUUUCAUCAUCCAGUCACAUAAUUUAGAUCAGCAAGAUGUUUUUCUUGUACCCUUCACUGCUUGCUGUGAAAUGUAUCCAGCCUCCAUUGACACAUGUGUAUUUUAAUAGAGCCUUCCUAUUAAGGAACAAGCUAUGUUGUCAACAGAAAAUAUCUAGCAUGAGAAAGAAAGAGAUUUCAUUCAAACUCUGUUUUCAUUCUGAUUAAGCACAUACUUCUUCAUAUACCGCUACUGUCUCAAAUGCAGUCUUGAUACUAUUUGGAAGCAAUAUAGAGCAUGUAGGCCAUAGUUAGGAAAAUAACUUUUGCAAAUGUUCGCUAGCAAUUAUACUGUCAUAAUUAUUAGCUUUCCCUUUUUGCACACAGCUUUGUCAAACAGCUUUAAGAUAUCUCUUGCCAAAAAGGAUCACUAUAUUCUGUAUCAAUGUUCCAAAGUGCUACUUCAGUAUAAAACUGGUGGAACUUUUUUGACACUAAUGGAGUCCUACAAGAAGUAAAACUGCAACAUUUAUUGCCAUAGUUUGCAGUAGAGAUGCACCAGUAUUAAUGGACAUAUUCAGCACUUUAUUUUUUUUUUAAGACCCAACAGUGUCUCUCCCAUGCUUUAUAAGUCCUUUGUAGUUACUGGCAUUUGUUAACCUAGUUUAAAAAGGCAAAAUAUAAUUUCUAAUAGACCAUCCUGGAGAGGGACUGUUUACAAGGGCAUGUAGUGAUAGGACAAGGGGUAAUGGCCUUAAGCUGAAGGAGGGUCGAUUUAGAUUAGAUACAAGGAAGAAAUUCUUUAUGGUGAAAGUGGUGAGGCACUGGAACAGGUUGCCCAGAGAGGCUGUAGAUGCCCCCUCCCUGGAAGUGUUCAAGGCCAGGUUGGAUGGGGCUUUGGGCAGCCUGGGCUAGGGGAGGGUGUCCCUGCCCAUGGCAGGGGGGUUGGAACUAGAUGAACUUUAAGGUCCCUUCCAACCCAAACCAUUCUGUGAUUCUAUCCAUGCCUUACACAUCUGCUGAAAAGUAGCCUUGUGGCUUUCCUGUUCAAUUUUGGUCAGAUUUUAAAGACAACCCCUACUUAGCCACCACUUUCCUUUGUUCUCUCAAAUCAUGACUUCUACUAUCUUUCACUGCAGUCCAAUCUGAUCUUUUAAUGAAGAACAGUUGAAGGUUCUCUCUGACAAUGUAACCAUUGUUAAAAUUUGUUGGAUGGUUUUCUCUUUAGAAUACAACUGCAAGCACAAAAUGUUGUUUCACUUACAGUAGCAAUAGUAUUGUAUGUCUGCUUUUCUGACCAUUUGAAUCUGUAUUGUGUGCUGGUCUUCGUUCAGUAUCUUACUAUGUAUGAUAAGCUGCUGGUAGUCUUUCUUUUUUAUUUAAUUAGAUAGGUGGAAAAACUAACAUGGGGAAUAUGUCAAGACGCAAUGUGGGGUAGAGAGUUUUAUCCAAUGAGACAAGUAUCAAAACUAAAGAGUGCCUUUAGAGUUAGUGGCAUGGAACUCUAGAAAGAUUAUGUCAUGAACAACCACAUGUGGCUUCCUGUUACUGAAGUAUCUAAUCUAUCCCCUUAUGUUCAUCUCAGAUUUAGCAGCAAAAGGAAAAGUGGAAAUAUCUAACUUCAGAUACACAGCAAAGUGGUUGUAUGAUACCUUAACAUCUCAGGAUGUUGAUAGAGUUGACAGGUAUCAUAUAUCAAAAAUCCCCAUGAAAGCAGCAGUAUACCAGCAGUAAUCUAAUCACUAGUCAGAAUGAAUAAGGACCAGUUAGAAGAAUUAUUUUACUGCGGUGUAAACCUAAAAGUUGUGUAGAACUCUUCUUAAAUUGGAUGCAAGUAAUUUAAUGUGAGGAAACCAGGCAUUUUCAUUUAUUGUGGUUUGCACAGUUUCCUGCACUGACAAGAGAGACACCUUUCCUUUUACUGCACAUUUUGAGCUGAUGGAGACUUCAAAAUGAUGAGAAUUGAAACUGGAAUGACCCAAAGAAAUGCAUAGACUUUUCUAGCAGAGAAGAAUGAAAACAUAUACUAUACGUAUGUUAACUGUUGUCUUUAACGUCUUGGUUAAUUGCUUUACUCUGGGUGUGUCAACUCAAAGUUGUGUUUGUUUCCAAAUGGCAUCCAGGUGAAUAGGUUCUAGAUUUUAAACUUUAAGACCUAAUAAGGGAGCUGACAGGUCAGUAUAAUGCAGAAAAUUCUUCUGGUGUUGCAUGCUGUCCUACCCUGCAUUCUGCCAUGGCUUUUUUAUCCUGUUAACCAAAGGAAAAAAAUAAUACGUAUAACUAAUAGUGAGUAUUUGGUAUUGCAUUCUCCCUGGUUUUGCCUGUAAAAUUUAGGAUGGAACUGUGGUAUUCCCUGAGCUGAUAAUAGAUGGUAAAAGAACAUCUGCACAUCUUUUCUCCAUGUGCCCUAUUUGUUUAAUUGCAACAGAUUUACAUAGAAAGAGUAUGGUACAUCAUAACUAGGCAAUUAUCCAUUCUUCAUCACUUAGUUAUGGUUCUGCUAAUUGAUCAUUUAAGACAUAAGAUAGUCUAACAUUAGGAGAAUUUGAGACUGUUCAAAAAAGAUCAACAAAUUAAUAUUGUUGUGUGAUAUUUGCAUAAUUGGCUGCAAUUAUUUAAUGUUUAAUUGGGUUGAUCAAAUGAGAUUCAGCCUUUCACAUGCUUAUGUUUUACAAACACUGGUACUUUAAAAUGAUAAUAACGAACUCUAAUUUUCGUAUGUUCUUUCUUCUCCCCUUCAUUCUUUUGAUUAUUAUUUUCAAUAUUGAGCAUGUCUUUAAUUUUCAGUUUGGUGAGUAUGAUUCAUGCAUAGGAAAGAAGUCCUUCAAAUGAGAGAACUUUUCAUGAAAUUGGCAUUUCAUACAAGCUGUUCUGAUGCCAAGAGUUAUGAUUUCAGCAACUGGCAUUACUUAACUAGAUUCUUAACUACAAUGAGGGCAAAUUUGCUGAGAAUUUACAGUGACAGACUCUGGUGAGAAUGCUAAUAAAGGUUCCACCUUAGGGUAGAUAAUCUGUUCAGUCUGUAGCAGUGCAAAGCAAAUAUGAUCUUUCUUGGAUAUAGAAGGGAAGUCUGAUAAGACAAAAACAAGAUAGUGAGAGAUCUCUCUGCCCAGCCAUUGUUUACACCUGUUCAACUAUCUCCAGUCAAAAAGUAAUUGUCUUCCACUCCUCCUCUUUCUAGAUAAACUCCUGCUUAGGGUUUACCUAAUUCAACAGAGAGGUAUCAUUGAUCCUCUCCUGUAUACUUAUUUUGUACUUUUUUUUCCUCAGGCAUGAAGAAGGGUAAUUUGAAAAAAAUGUGAUAUUUGAAAGAGUCAUUUGGAGUGCAAGUUAUUUGAAGUGUCUGUCUAAUACAUGGUCUUCCAAGGAGGCAGACAGAAAAACAGCUGGGACUGACCUCAUAGCCACCUAAUUAGAGGGGGAACUCUCUUGAAUUCAAUGACCCAUCCAAAACAAUCUGCAUAAUCUGAACAGAUUGCUUAGUGUUGAUAUGUCUUGCUAUGAAAUAGAAUACAGAGAUGGUAGCGCAGCCUGCCAGACUAUGGCACAUUUGCUCUCUCUGCACGGGAUUCACACUACUGAUAGUAAGUUUUAAGGCUCUAGUGGCAAGCUCAUAUACUGAGAGGUGGGCAGGUGUAAAUGAUGUCUGAGCAUGCCCCGAGGUGGGCUGCUCCUUGCUGUCUUUCUCUCCUUUCUGCACAGACUUGCAACCCCUUUUUCCCAGCCUCCUAUCAUGAUGUCACCUAGUCUUAUAUCUAAAAGUGAUCAUUUAAGCAAAUUUUACACUCUUUUUGCUUUUAGCAGUAGUGACCAUUAAAAAAAAAAAAGUGUUUUGUUCAUCUUGCAGGUGUUCAGGGAUCAGAAUUGCACUUUACCACCUGCACAUAUAAUGCCUGAACAGAUUGCCGCUGACUUUGUGACCCUCGACAAGUUAUCUAACCUCUUUGUAAGUGCAGAGUAGUAGUAGUACUACCACUUACACAACUUUUAACUCUAAUCCAAACUUUUGCAUAAAAAGAUAUUUUCCUAUAGAUCAAAUAAGCUUUCCAGAAAGCUUUUUAAGCAGCAGAGAAAGAUGUCAUGUAAAGUCCAGCAUUUCAAGGAUUGCUUUAGAGUGGAAGUAUCUUGAUUAUGCAGGAGAAAAAUGUUAUUUGAAUAAGAAAUAUAUUUAAGAUUUGCUGUAUGAACCCAUAAACAAGUAAAAUAUAAAGUAGCAUACAGAAAGAUCUUGAAAAGAGAAUACACCUCCACCUCACAAACAGUGCUAUCUUAUUUAAAAAGUGAUGCUUGAAGGAAGUAUUGUAUUUCUCAAUGUAGAGUCAUUAGAUUACAACUGUUCUAGAAGUACACUUCAUCAUGUAGCACUGAGACAGACCUCUUACUCUUAAUUACAAAUUUUCUGAACUGCAGUAUUUAGCAAUUGGGAAAAGUCAGAGAGCUGUGUUUUACUCUAUUUUGUCACUGUCCUCAAGAUUUGGAAAAAUAAUUCACAGGUCCUAAAUCAUUUAAGCUAAGUAACUUCUUAAUAAGUAUUUGUAAUUUUAGUCAUAAUAGCAAAAGAGAGUACUGCCAUUGCAUUGGUGAAAAAUACUGUUGUAGCAAUCCAUCUGUCCAUGCCUUGCUUUAAGCAUGAUGGUUAUUAGCGGGAAUUCCAGGAUAUUUCCCGACUAUGCGAAAUCUGAGUACCAUCUAUAGCACAGCUGGCAAAUAUAUCCCCAAAUCCAUAAGCAAAACUAACAUCCAUUACCUUGAGCUAGAAGAGUCAGGUACAUUAGGGCUUGGCAGGUGUGGAACAAUACUGAAUUAAAAUAGUCAAGCCUUAGAUUUGGGACAAAAUUUUGGAAUUAGUAGCUUAGAAAUAAAUCUCAUUGAUCACACUAGCAAGGUUAGCCACACCCAAAUUUACUAAAAAUAAUGUUGUUUAAAUUCACUAGUAAUAACAGCAUGGCUAGAUCCUCGUCCGUCUCUCUGAACAUGAAUUUAUGCUGUUUGCUUAUAUUAAAACUUAAUUUAUUGUGUCUGAUUUUUACCACAAUCCUGAAUUCUUAUGCCAUGCUUUAAAAAAAGAAUCUUAAAUUUCACGUUCAUAGGAAGACCUUAAGGAGGAUUUAAGACCUUGAUAUAGAAUUUUAAAGUCUUUAAAAUAUCUGCUGGAUAAAAUUAAAGUAGAAAAAGAGAAGACAACUUUGUGGAAGUAGUUAAUUACAGUGUUCCAAAUGGUUUUCUGACACUGAUCAUUUUUGGUUUUUACCAAAGAGAUAUGCAGGGAAUAGUAGAUAAAAUAAGUGUAGUGCUUUUUUUUCUAAGCAAGAGUUGGGAAAGUUUCUAAGAGCUGGUUCUCUUAAUAGUGCUAACUAUAGGACUUGAUUCAGUCAGGCUUAGAGCAGUCAUUUAAGUGUGGAGGAGCUCAGAAGUUAUCUCAGGCAGUACUAUCUUGCAGGAGCAGAUUUUCUUUCAUUUUAUGAUCAAAGUGAUCAAGAUGUGAACAUGGACUCUUCUAAAUUUUGCACCUUUUUAUAAAAAUUUUGCUUUUCAUUUUAGAAUUCUGAUACAGUAUCACUGAACUAUUCUCUCAAACUAUCAUGUCUCAGUAAGUUAUGAGAAGAAAGCAAACAUUCUUGUUCUUUAUGUAAUCACCUUCUUCCUGUAUGCCAAAUCCCCUCUUCCUUAUGAUUUGGUCACCGCUAGAAUUGUGACCUCUUCAGGUGAAAUAACAGGGUUUUUUUCUCUACUGUACCCUACUAGUGCACUCUUGGCUUUUUUUGUAAGUACUAAGCGCUUGCAUCAAAUGCCAGAGCAAAGAGUAAAGUGCAAAGUCUUCUGUCUCCAGAACAGGCAUGCUAAGGAAUGAGAGUGAAAUUACCCAUCAAGUCAGUCAAAACAGGAGGUCAGAAGAACGUCAUAACCAUUCUCAUUCAGUCCAAAACAGAGACUCCCCAGGUAUACCAAAUGUCUAGCAGGAUGGUAGAUUGCUGUUGCUAUUUAAGAAUGCUCUUAUUCAGUUGAUUAAAUACUUACAUCUGUGCCUACAUUUUCAUAACUUGGGCCCUAGUAUCUGAACUGAAACCUACAAUACACUUUUAUAUGUCAUGAAGCAGUAAAAUAUUAGAUGAAAACAAACAGGAAAUACUCCAGCUGAUCUAACAGUCAGAAGCUGUUUCCUGUGGGUCUGUGGCCUAUUCUGUUCCCAUAAUUUAUAUUCAUAUUCUAAUGGCCCAGUAGUUGACUAGAACUGCAAGUAGGAGACAAAUAUAUCAUUAACUCUAUUCCAUAGUGGAGAAUGUUGACAUCUAUUCGCUUCGUCUCCUGGAGACAUGGCUUGGACUCUAGCUUGGCCACUAUAGUAGAGAGUAACAGAAUGUAAAAGGUUCUUUGCCAUGAUGGAGACAAGUAAGAGUUUUAUCUGCAGCUAUUUGCAAACAAUUUGUGUUGAAGCGGUAAAUUUGGAAAGACAGAUGUCCCACUGUCCCUGACCAUCAAGGCAUUUAGAAGGGUGCAGUAGCAGUUAUUGGAAUUGUAGCAUAUAAGCAGUGGGAAAUUAGCAACUUAAAGAGGGAGAAGUAAACACCUCUGAAGGGUCUCUGUUUUCUCAAAUGUUAAAGUUAACUGGGUACUUUACAAGGAUCUGAGCAUAUAAAAGCAGUAAAGGACAGAUGUGUGAAAAAAUACUGGAUAAACUACAGGAAACUCUACCUCAUUCUUCUCUAAAGGUUUUGUAGAAGCACAAUUAAGCGCUCCUAAUGGCAUUGUUACGUACAGACCAUCUGGCAUGAAAGAAACACUUUAUAUUUGUAUGUCUAUAAAUCCUAUAAUAACUGUAUUUUGCUGGCAGUAGAAACAGUCUAUACUAUUUGCAGUUUUCCUCAUCAAAUCUGUAAUUAUGCAAUGUUUCUGUCUCCAAUAAAGGAAUUUAAUGGGCA